UGCACAAUCUGAACUGGACAAUGAACGAAAUAUAUUAUCUGCCUUUGAUGAGGAGAUCAAAGAACUUCAAACUGCUAUAAAAACGAAAACAGCCCAAACAACCGAAGUGCAAUUAGAAAUAUCUAGGAUUAACCACGAAUUAGAAAGGUUUCUUAAAGAGAAACAAACAGCGCAACAGGCAAUUCUCCAGAUGGAACAGAAUUAUGAUUGGAUCAUACAGCAAAAACAGUUGACAUAUGAUUUUGUUAAUAAUAACCCAAGUGAAUGUAAAAAGAUGUUACGGCAAUUAGAAGAGAAACACAGCAAUAUGCGUAAAAAAAUAAAUGCUAAAGUUAUGAAUAUGAUCGAUAGUGUUGAGAAGAAGGAGGCUUCCCUAAAUCAAAUGUUGGCAACUGUGUUGAAAGAUAAGAAAAAAAUUGAAGAUACGAUAAUAUCCUUGGAUGAUUAUAAAAAAGAUGCAUUGCAAAGAACUUGGGAGAAGGUAAAUGGAGAUUUUGGAGCAAUUUUUGCGGAUUUAUUACCGAAUAGUUUUGCAAAACUUGAACCUCUCGAAGGUCAAGAUUUGACUCAUGGUUUAGAAGUUAAAGUACAACUUGGUGGAGUAUGGAAACAAAGUUUAUCGGAAUUGAGUGGUGGUCAAAGGUCACUUAUUGCAUUAUCACUGAUUUUAUCAUUGCUGCAAUUUAAACCUGCGCCAAUGUAUAUUUUGGACGAAGUGGAUGCAGCACUAGAUCUUUCUCAUACUCAAAAUAUUGGACAAUUACUUCGAACUCGAUUUAAAGGUUCACAAUUUAUAGUUGUUUCACUUAAAGAUGGAAUGUUUAAUAAUGCGAAUGUUUUGUUUCGCACACGAUUUCAUGAUGGUACUUCAGUUGUUGAG